AUGCUCUUGUACCUCACGCUCCUUCUGGUCUUGCUGUUCGCCGCUCUACGCGGCUUUAACUUCGUACGGAACUACAUAGCAGCGCGGAAACUGGGCCUUCCGAUCAUUCUUCUUCCUGUCUCUUUCGAAGAUGCGUGGUGGAUACCUUUACGACCGCUGUUUGCCUGGGUUGAGAGUCUCCCGCUCGGACUCGGCAGCUGGUAUGUCUACACCGAGAUGGGCUGGCCUACCGUCGAUGAGGACAGAACUUCAAGGCGGCUGGGCGAGAACUUCGUGCUUUGCUCGCCAUCCAGUAACCAGAUUGUGACCUGCUACCCUCCCGGUAUCGAUCGUGUCUUUGGAGAUCACAAGAACUGGCCCCAGCCCGAGGCGCAGUCUCAGAUUUUUGCUUUCUAUGGACAGAAUGUCUCAUCCACGAAUGGCGCAGACUGGCAGAGACAUCGCAAGAUCACAGCAUCGGCAUUCAACGAGCACAGCAUGCAUCAAGUAUGGAAGGAGUCCAUCAAACGAGCCAGCGAUCUCGAUCUCGACCUUGGCCACGGAACACGCACGCUUGCCGCGAUCCGAUCCACGUUUGACGUCCUUGCCAUGCACGUUCUUGCUGUCGUGGGCUUUGGACAAGACACUCCGCUGACUUCAAUCCCACCGGGCCAUCGAGAGUCAUUGAUGCAGUGUUUGGGAUUCAUUCUCCAGCAUGUCGUCCUCACUCUCAUCUUCAACGGCCUCAAAGCCCCGGAUUUCAUGCUCCCUAGCGUUCUCCGUCGCCUGAAGGUCUCUGUGGCCGAGUUCAGACUGUACAUGGAAGAGUCGGUCCUGCGGCAGAUGCAGGCUUCGAAAGCCCCCUCGGGCCGACCCAAAAGCCUUCUAGAGGCCAUGGUAAACGCGAAUGAAGCCGAGAAGCAGCAAUUGUUAGUCCCUGGUCGACCGUCCUGCUUGACCGAGUCCGAACUGUACGGGAAUCUCUUCGUGUUCAAUCUCGCCGGUUAUGAAACAACUGCUUCGACCAUGACCUUUGCACUACCAUUCCUCGCCAUGCACCCCGAGAUUCAAGACUGGGUGAUCGAAGAGAUCGAUGCCCACUACGCGGGGAGUCAUGAUCGCGACUACGCCGCUACCUACCCAAAGCUUGUUCGCUGCCUUGCAUGGAUGUACGAAACACUGCGACUUGCGAGUCCGGCACCGCUGCUCGUGCGAACGCCCACGGUUCCGCAGGACCUGCCCAUCACGACUCCACAGGGAAAUACUACGAUCACGGUCCAACCUGGGACGAUGGUUGGCGGGCAUUUUUACGGCGCCCAUCUCUCUCCGCGCUGGGGUGCCGAUGCGCACUCUUUCAAUCCGAAGCGCUUCAUCACGACCAAUUCUAGCCCGGGUGAAGAGAAGGUGGCCGUGCCUGAGGGUCCUCUAUACUUGCCGUGGAUCUUCGGGCCGCGUGUGUGCCCCGGAAAGAAAUUCAGCCAGGUUGAGUUUGUCGGGGUCGUUGCGCAGAUAUUCUCGAAAUAUCGAGUGGAGGUUCUGCGAGCACCAGGCGAGACGGCAGAGGCUGCGAAGGUGCGCCUCAUGGGCGUGCUGGAUCAGAAGUACUUCAAUAUUAGUGCGCAUUUGAAGAGACCGGAAGAUGCAGGAGUGGUGUUUGUUAAGAGACGUGGGAAGCAAGGGUGA